CUUCCGGGCCGGCAGAGCCGCGGAGCAGGUGAAGCUCAUGGGCCCCGGCAGGCGCUGGGUGCGGGCGGCACACACGGCCCUCAGCGCGGCCCUGCUGCUCGGGCUCCUCCUGCACCGCACGGAUCUACAAAAGCAAGAGGAGCGCGGGGAGUUGCUUCAGCCGCUCAUCUUCGUUUUGCUGGUGUUAUGCUCAGUCCUGCUGUACUUCAAGGUGUCUCUCAUGGAUCCGGGUUUUGUUAAACCUGAAGAGGAAGCAAAGGAAGGUGAAAACAAAGGACAAGGUGUGGUGAUCCCUCAGAUUCCAGGUGACAUUAAGCUGCGGCGCUGUGGUUACUGCCUGGUGAAGCAACCCAUGCGAGCCAAGCACUGCCAGCUGUGCCAGCACUGCGUGCGGCGCUAUGACCAUCACUGCCCCUGGCUUGAGAACUGUGUAGGAGAAAGGAAUCACCCCCUCUUCAUAGCCUACUUGAGUGUGCAGCUUGUGGUUCUGCUCUGGGGAGGUCACGUUGCCUGGUCAGGCCUCUACUUUGAACAAUCCUGGGAGUGGCUGCAGCACAACAUUUUCCUUCUUGUGUCCUUCCUCCUGAUAUUCAUAUUCACCAUUGUGGUCCUGCUGCUGCUUGUUUCCCACCUGUACCUGAUCUCAUGCAACACCACGACCUGGGAGUUCAUGUCGCACCACCGCAUCUCCUACCUGCGGCACUCCGAGCUGGAGAACCCCUUUGACCAAGGGAUAAUCCUCAACCUCUGGAGGUUCUUCUGUGCACGCCGCCUCACUGCAUGGGAGAACAUCUAUUUUCACAAGAACAGUGAGCCUGUCUAGUCCCAGUGUGCCAACACACCUGGCAGGCUGCUGAGUAAAAGCUUUGCUAAUGCAAUGGCUUCUGUUUCCUUGCACUGAACUUUAAACACAACAUGGACUAUGCAACCUGCUCAUCUGCAAAUUACAUUUCAGGGAUAGCCAGGGUUAUUUUUUAUAUAUAAAUAACAUUUUAAAGGCAAGAAUCCCACUCUGGGAAGGGCAAAGCCAGCAGAGCUGAUUUCCAGGCUGAACAAAGUAGCUCUCUAAAUUUAUUUGCUUUUGUUAAGUGCGUCCACAUCUCUCCAGAAGAAAUGCAACAUCAGUGUGACUAUUUGUGUUCACUUCUCCAAGGUCUCCCUCGCCUUUUGCUGCUAGGGAACAGCAGCAAUUACAGAUAAAACCAGCCAGGAUCAGUGUAAUUCCUGUGGCCUUUUUUCAGCCAAGUUCUGACUCUGAGAACUGCAGUGCCUUUUGCAGUAGCAUCAGGCAUGUAAGAGAAAUAUUUGAGUAAAUUUUUAGAGUCAAGAGCAAAUUUUAUUUUGUCCACAUGCUUCACCUUAAUGCUUUCCACAAAGACUUAAGGCUUAAUACUGUUAAUGUGCAUGACAAAGAGCUGUAAGACACCAAAUUAAUCUUAUGAGAUAAUUAACUUGUAUUUUGUGAUGCCCUCAGCAGCUUCCUCACAGGUUUUUAAGCUGAUGUUGCUGCUAACACUUUUCUUUGGACAGAAAAGUGAUCCUUGGCUACUGAGUUAUUUCUGCAGUUAACAUCGUGCUCAGGUCUUUGCUGUAGCUUGGGAGAGAAGCAGGAGCAGAGGUGGGCACCUCAUGCCUAACUCAAGUAACACUGUUGGUAAAACUACUACUACCUCAACUCACUAGUGGCAUUUUAAUAAAAUAAUACUAUUUCAAUGCAAGAGGAAAGCUGCCAGGUCCUGGCUGAUUAACUGAGAGGAGAGAUGCUGACAGCUUUCAGGACAGCAGCAAGAGGACCUGUUUUCCAUUGAAAUAAAAGGUGGGGAACUAAAAGGAAGUUUGGGAUGACCUAUCUUAGCUUUAAAACAAAAAAGGUUGUGGUGUGAAUUUUAGUCCCUUUUCUGUUAAAACAAAAACAAACAAAACAAGAAAAACCACCACAACAAAAUGUUAGUUAAAAUUAUCUUGUGCCUUAAUUGUCGUGGCUCAGGAAUUAAUAUCAACUCAAGCACUCAGGGUUUAAAGUUGAUGAAUACUCAUUAAAAGACAGUGUAGUUACUAACACAGCAUGACAGCCCAAAAGCAAUUUAAAUACAGCAAAAGAUCCCUGUUUUGACCAGCUCCAGAGUUUGUGCACAGUCUGGUUCGUUCAGGGUAGAAGCUUUAUCAGAGGGAUAUCAGAACGCUAAGGGUUGUUUUUGUAAAGCUACUACACCAUUCAGAAGGAUUCUGUGCUGCUGUGGUACCUGCUGAAGUGUGGAUCAUCUGUCACAUUCCUGGUUCUUCAGGCAUCAGUCAAGUGAAAGUUUAGCAGCAAGUACAACAGCUCAAAGCAGUUUUGCUCUGUUUGGUAUUUCUUUAAAAUACACCUCGGUGUUAUUUUUUUUUACUCAACCAUAAAUUAUAAAAUAAAUUAUGAAAUAAGCAUUUUUGAAUUCUCUAUGACUCUCUCUUUGAACCCAAGUUCUAGGUUUCACCUGUGCUAACAGCCCACUGUGCUGCCUCCCACGGCACAGUGGCCUUGAGCUAAAGCCACAAAACACACCACAGGGACCAACAGCAACUGCUACUCAAACAGGAGUGAGGAAAAUG